ACUUUAUCCAAAAAUAUGUUUACUUGUGGGUGUAUAAGGAAAAUCUAUUAAUCCCAAUACUAAGAACUAGAGAAAUGAGAAUAUAUAACAGACUGUCUAGGAAAUGAUAAUUGAAUAUUUAGCACCAAAGGUUUAAAUAUUCUAUAAGGGACCAUGGUUGCGCCAACUAACAAUUUUGGUAUCCAGUAUCCACUAAAUACGUAAGCUGCACCCAUUAAGAAAUAAUGCGAAUUCGAAUCUGUUUAAUGUAAGGUUUAAAAGUUGCAGAUAAUUUAUUUUCUUGUUCUUUGUUUUUUUUUCUAGGUCCAUCAUGAAGUUGACGAUUUAUAUUUGUCUUUUAAUUUCUAAUAAACCACAGAAUAAAAUUGCAAAAACGAUCUAACCACUUCCAACUAAUCUUUGAUUCUUUAAUUUGAAUUUGUUUGUGGUAGUUAAUAUUUGUGAUUUGUGUUAUUUUAUUCUAACAGUUAUUUGUACAUUGUAAUCUUUAUUGUACGUGGUAGAGCAGUCGUAGAGCGUAAUUUAGAACUAUUCUCAAAAUAUGCCCUCCAUAAUAUUAGAAGAAGCAUUUUCUAUGUGGAAAAUGUUCAACGAAUUUGUGGAAACACUGAUUAAACCUGGACCAAUUGAUAGAAAUAUGAUACAAAAGCUUGCUAAUAUGGUUAUGUCCAAGGAAUUUUCCAAGACUUUCUUGUAUAGUAAAGAACCCGAUUUGUCAUUUGAAGAGUACAAUGAGAUAUUGAGCAAAUAUCAAUCUUUCGCAACCUGGCUGCUUGGGCAAUUUUUUUACCUAUUAACUUCUGAUGAGAAAAUUGUAGUUGAUGCUCAGUUGUGUGUGCUAGAACAACUUGCAAAAACUCAGUUGCAUAUUUAUGGGCACCUGGCUAAAGAGUACAAGAAAGCUUUUGAUUCACUGGUUCAAUUUUUAAAAAUACCAAGUGAAAGCCUGAUGUUAGAAGUUUUCAUUCCUAAUAAGAACAAGGAACUGGAUGAGAAACUGAACUUAAAAACAAAAUCAGUUGAACUUCUAACUAGAGCAACCUGUUUUGACCUGCUGAAGAAACUGUUGAAAAUCUUGAAGUUCAUUUUAGUGGAAAGUGUUUCAUUCCACAUCUUAGAUAUUACAGACUAUAGUGUUUUAGACAGUUUGUUGUAUUUGUGUUCCAAUGGUUAUUUUCAUUUGGAGAUUUUUGAGAUAUUUAUCAGUGUAACAGAUAGAUUGAAUUAUCAUAUAGAUGAUUGGGAUCCUGCCUUUAUGGAACAUAUUCAAUCCUAUUUUUCAAUCACUGAACAGUUGGUGUAUAACUUUUAUAAUGGCCAAGUUAGCAACAUUAACAAACAGAAGCUUGAGGAUUUGUUAGUACUGUUUUUAAACUUACCCCGAACUUUACAAGGCACUAACCUAAUACAAAUCCAAGAAAGACUGUCAGUUUUCUUAAUUAAAAUAAGCCUUGAGAUUCAAAAUGAUAGAACUAUUUGUCCCUGUGAUGCUGUCCAAACAGUGUGUGUAUUAAAUUUUAUGAAACCCUUAUAUUCUCUUAGAAAGACUUUUGAUGAUUUUAUUGCUCCAAUAAUUGAUUUAAAAAAUGCAGUCGCAUUUCAAUGCAUAAAGAACAUUUUAAUACUCGAACUGGCCGGUUAUUUUGAACAAAAAAAUCCACAUAGUGUACUCAAUGUAUAUGAAAGAGGUGUUAGCAAAACAUGGAACAUGUUUUAUAACACAUUGUUAGGGAAACUAAAUAACUAUUGUUGCAACAAAAAGUGUCAGUUGGAUUCUAUAUUGCAUUUUUUAAAAGAUAUUACUAGAGCAUUAUUUGAAAUAUCUCUUGAAUUUAGGAAACAUCACAAUACUGCAUACCUUCCAACGUUCUUUAAUGAAAGUGUGGUGCUACCUCAAAUUUUAGCUAUGUUGUCAGAACAUUGGACCAAGUGCAAUGAGAUCUUGAAUACACACCAUUUUUUAGACUUACUUAUAAAUUUGAUAGCUGUUUGUAAUAGCAAAAAUUUAGAUCUUGUAUAUCAUUUGAUAGCAUGUAAUCUACUAGUCCCAACCUGCUAUAAAAGUGAUUCUCAAUUGCCUGAGCAUUUUAUAGGAACUGUGGACAGAGGCAAAUUGAAGGCAAAUCUCAAAAUAGUCUAUUCACAUUUAUUGAAGGGUCAAGCUUUAAGUAAAGUUGAUGCUAUAUCUAGGUUAAAUCAUUUCUUUUUAAUUGUAUCAAGUGGAACAAUUUCAAAUUUAAAUUACACCCAGAUUGAACAAAUUGAAGUCUUGCACAUGAAGAUUAUGAAACAAGUUUGUGAUAACGGCGAUGAUGUUUUGUGCAAGGCUCUUGAAAGUGUACCCCAUCUAAUGAGUUUGUUUUCUGAUACGGAUCGCAUAAUUUCAUGCAUCUUACUACCUAUACUGAUGUCAUCAACGAAAGUACAAGUUUUAGAGAAAGCUCUUUCCAUUUUGCCAAAUGUUAUGUGUGUAUCAUACAGUGAUUAUUUGAAAGCUAUAACUCCAAAAGCGGUAGAAAUCAUUUGUGCAGAAUGUAAAUUGGAGCAUGGAGGCGACACCAUAUUACAGAUACCAUUUUCAAAAAUUAAAUCCGAUCUCUCUGUGAUAUUCAGCCAAAUUCUGAAGUGUCUUAUGAAUUUUUUGAUUAACGGAAUCUCUGAGGUAAAAAUUAUGGCAUUGGAGGCAUUGCCUUAUUUAUGCAGACACAUUGGUAAGAUUUAUACCCCAGAAAUCACAAAAAUCUGGAUUGAACUUGCUGGGAAUUGCAAUUCUGAUGUUAGGAACAAAGUUAAGGAAGUCAUAUACAGAAUUGUUCACUGUGGUCAAGAUAACUUUGCAACCCAUGAAAGAAAAGACACGAUGGAAAUAAUUUUUGAUGUUCUUAUGCGAUUGCUAAAGAAGUCUUUGCAAUAUUCAGAUUACGAGUUGCAGUUGUCUUUAAUAUUAACCAUUGAUGAGUUAGGCGCCGUGGAUAUGGAUUGGAUAAAACUGGAAUGCCUGAAGAUCUUACUGUAUGCCGUCAUGGUUCCAUCCUCUAUCCACUAUCUCAUAGCUAUAAAUAAAUGUUUGAAACUUUCAAAGAAGGAUGAUUCGGGCAAAAUGAUCUUGUAUAGACAACACCCCGAAGAGUUAUGUGAAAGGAUCAUACAUUUGUGCUAUGUGAAUUUGUAUUUGGUGGACUAUUCUUUUCGCGACUCUCUAGUUAGAGUGUCCAUAAUGUUGGGUUUUGACGGCGUGGGUGAUUUUGUUUCCAAAGAGAGCAUAUAUUUGUUACCUUAUUUGGUAGUUAAAAGUGUCAAGUACUCUAAAGUAUCCAGCCUCAUUAGUGAAAUGGCUCAAAUUAUGGAAGUUGAGAUAUCCGAAUUAUUAUCUCGGAAGUAUGGCAACAUAUUUUUGCACGUGUUCCUCGGGGAUAUGGAUAAAGCGCAGUCCAAAAAGUGCAUGCUCUAUUUAGAAAAGGCUACCGCAUUGAGUGGGCCAAAAUUAAGAAAGAUGAAUAUCAAAGUGAUUUUGAAUGAGCUGUUGCUUCGAUUCAACGAAAAGAAGGAGAAAGUUUUAACGAUACUGAACCUACUUCUCCAAGAAGACUGUGGCUUAAAUUCGGCCUCAAUUCCCGAUUACAUCCAAUCAAAUUUUCUGGCAUUCCUGUUGUAUUUCGAUCUAGAACUGUCCUCGGACUAUUCUCAAAAGGAGAAGAUUCUGCAAAGCCUAGCGGACUUACUCCAAUUUCUUGGUCCCGGUCGAAUAGCACCGUUACGAUUUAAAAUCAUCGCAAUGCUGCAGACGACACACUUUAACAAGUAUUCGAGUUUGGUUUGUAAAGUGUGGGAUACUUUUGUGCGAAACUGCGAAAUGGAAUAUCUCGGGCCGCAUCUGGCAACCAUUUUCAUUUCUAUGCUUGGGUUAAUAGAACACAAUCCCACCGAAGUCAAUCACGUACUAGAGUAUUUGAUCGUCCAUAACGAAAACCAUCUUAAAGAAAAUAUACUAGACUUGUUUUUCAUUAGUAACAGUCACAUAAAACCGACGGUUCUAGCGGUGAUCAACAAACACCUGAAAGAAGUGGAGAAUUAUUCGCUGAAGCAGAAUAUCACCAGAUAUUUAAAAUAUUUGAAGCACGAUACGUUGGAGGUGCGGAUCCAAAGUUUGAAGCAGUUGAGGGAAUGUUUGGAACGUAAUCGCGAAGAACUCGAUCAAAUGAUUCUUGGCUACAACGGUAUGGACGCUUGCAUAGUCGAACUGAUAGAUGAUUUAACUAUAGGUUGUCGAGAAAAAGAUCUGACUCUCAAGUUAGCUUGCGGCGAAAUAUUUGGCGAAUUGGGUGCUAUCGAACCCAGCCACUUGCCUAGGAGGUAUAUUCAAGAAGUAAAUUCUUUUAUAUUCUUUAUCACCGAUGACGCGUUCAUAGAGAGCUGUUUAUUGGAACUGCUCAAGGCGUUCCAGACCGACAAAAACGCCAGGAACACCGACCGGGUGGCGUUAGCGAUUCAGGAAAUAUUAAAAAUAUACGACAUAUCGCCGACUGUCACCAGCUCUCGUCAUUUCUUAUGGAAAAAGUUUUCCGAAAGCCACCGCGACGUAAUGACUCCGUUAUUAUCGUCCAAGUAUAUUUGUGUUGAAAAGAGCACGGUUUAUCCUUGUCCAGUUUAUGGGACCUCCGGAGCAGCUUCUUUCCAAACUUGGUUGUACAACUGGGCUUCGUGCCUGAUAGGAGUCCUACCCGAGCAGCGAAAGUCGCUGAUCCAAAGCUGUUUCCCGAGCAUGAAACUGAACAAAAAAAUUCUGAUGCAUUUUCUGCCGUAUAUUUUGUUGCAUUCACUUAUAGAAGGACAAGGAGACGACAGAGCUUAUUUAGAAUUCCGCACGAUAAUAAACUCCUACAAUACGAAAACCGUCGAUUCGAAAAUCUUUAACAAUCGUCCUUUGCGUGUUCCUGGUUUGACUCCAGUAAUUCGGGAAAUACCGGCAGACGACGACAAACAGAUGCAGUGCACCAAGGUAAUGUUCGUGCUGCUGGAUUUUCUGGACCGCUGGAUUCGUGAGUGGAGAUGGGCGAAUGGUAAAUCGGCCGGCUCCGAUGAAAACUAUCAAACGAUCGAUCGGUUUAUCAAGAAGUUUUGCAAACUAGAAUUGGCCAGAUGCAAUUACAAAUGCGGAGAAUAUCCCAGAGCACUCAUGUACCUGGAAGAUUAUAUAACGGCUAAUCCGAUAGAAUUGUCCGAACACUUGUUCUUUUUAGCCGAGAUAUAUGCUCAACUAAACGAAACGGACGGUGUAAUGGGUGUGGAGGCUUUCCAACAAACGGAACCUUCCCUAGAACAGAGAUUGCUGCCAUUAGAAGUGUCUGGAAAACUUGCCGACGCGACUUCGAUAUACGAACACAUGCCAAGACCGCUGAGACUGGAACAUAUCAGAGGGUUGAUACAGUGUUAUCUCGAUUUAGAUAAAGUAAACACCGCUCUAUAUUUAGCCGAAGGGGCGUUAGACGACCAACCGGAGUUUGGAAACAUGUUGAUCGACAUGCAGGCCGAAUCAUUGUGGAGAUUAGGAAAGUACGAUGAGUUGGAGGGGUUGCUUGAGGAUCCUAACUAUGAAAGUAACAAAAGUUGGGGGAUCCAAGUGGGACGGUCACUGAUUCAUUUAAAAAAGGGCGAGAGACCUGAAUUUAGGGCAGUGCUGGAAGCGAUAAAGAGGCAGCAAGUGGACGCGUUCGCAGCUGCUAGUCUAGAAGAAGGCGCGUACCAGCACGGAUAUGGCUAUAUUGUCCGAUUGCACUGCCUGAACGAAAUUGAGCAAGUGGAAAAGGCACUUUCCGAGCUCUUUCUGAAGCCCAACGAUAAUAACUACAUCCAAGGGAUAAUGAACAAAUUGACGAAAGAAUGGCAGUUAAGAUUCAAAGUCGUUCAAGAAUCCAUAAGGAUCGUCGAACCUAUUUUAAGCACCCGGCGAACGGUACUGGGGUUGGCAAAAAGUGUCGCAGAGACUAGAGUGGAACAUUCGGUGCCAUAUUUUGAUAAGUUACUUGGAGAGAGCUGGUUGCAGAGCGUUAGCAUUGCCAGAAUGGCCGGGGUGCAUCAGCGGGCAUACACCUACACUUUAGAUGCUGAGAAAUACGCCCCUCCCAAACUAUUUUUGGAAAAGGCCAAGCUACACUGGUUAAGAGAUGAACACGAAGAAGCUCUGCUCACCCUACGCAGGGGGUUGAACAUUUACAUUUCCGAUGGUCUCUCGAGCCAAGAAAUGAAAGAAGUUGUGGCAGCGCUAGAUUUGGAAAAAAGGAAAAUUUGUGGCGAAGCGAAACUUUUAAUAGCAACUUACAAUGACGCGAUUUGCAGCGUCGAUGUGGAAAUGAAUCUCCAACAGUACCGAGACGCUCUUGAUUUAUAUAAGGAGUGGGAAAAAAGCUUGGUCAGCUUAGCACAGUACCAAGAUAGAAUACUUCAAAGUUUUACCGAUGAAGAGAAAGACGUUAAAGCAAAUGACCUGCAAUUGCACAUAGUAAACAAUUUUGGAAAAUCGUUAAACUUCGGUACAAAUUACGUUUAUCAAUCGAUGCCUCGCCUCCUGUCGAUAUGGUUUGACUACGGCACGAGAUUUCUUGACAUAACGAACACCAACGUAAAGACAGAACGUAAACAUGUGCUUGUAAAAAUGUCGAUGCUAAUAGAUACUUUUCUGGAAAAACUACCACCUUAUAUUUUUUUAACAUCGUUCUCUCAGAUUAUUUCGCGGAUAUCCCAUCCCCAGGCGGAAGUUUAUAAAGUACUAAAAUCGAUAAUAGUUAAACUAAUGUUGCACUACCCACAACAGUGCUUGUGGAUGAUAAGUUCAGUUAUCAAGUCAAGUUAUCCAAUGAGAGCUAAGAGGUGUGCCGAAAUAUUGAACGAUUCGAGGCUUAGAACUACUGCUAUGUUGAAGCUGUUCAAAGACUUUACUAGUUUGGCGGAAAAAUUGAUAGAUUUGUGUAAUAAGGAAAUUCCUCCGGAUGUAAAUAGUACAACUGUUAGCUUGCUAGUAAAGGCUUUACCACGAAUGUUGAGCACCAAAGAUUUCAGCCAAAUUAUGAUGCCAACACAUAAGUUUCGUAAACUGAUCUUGCCAAAUCCGGAUUUUCAAAGCUCCCGUCAUAAUCCGUUUCCGAAUCAGUACGCUCACAUAAUAGGCAUUGAAGAUAAGAUAGGCGUUCUUCAAAGUUUGCAGCGACCUAGGAAAAUAACAAUGAAAGGGUCAGACGGCAAGAAAUACAUAUUUAUGCUAAAACCCAAAGACGAUCUCAGGAAAGACUUUAGAUUGAUGGAGUUCAAUGACAUUGUAAAUCACUUGCUACUGCGCGACUCGGAAGCUAGGCAAAGGCGAUUGAAUAUAAGGUUGUAUUCAGUGGCUCCACUCAACGAAGAGUGUGGCCUGAUAGAAUGGAUUCCUGAUUUGCUGGGGUUGAGACCAGUUUUGAUGAAUUUGUACAAACAAAGAGGUUUAGGUAUGACUCAGAAAGAAUUGAAGGAAGCUUGUUGCAAAAUACGAGAUCCACUGAGUAGGAAGAGGGACAUUUUUAACAAGGUACUGGUAAAGAAACACCCUCCAGUUCUCAGCGAUUGGUUUAGGAAAACUUUUCCUGAUGCUCAGACUUGGCUUAUGGCAAGGACGGGGUACAUUAGAACUACCGCCGUGAUGUCCAUAGCUGGUUAUAUAUUAGGUCUUGGAGACCGCCACGGGGAAAAUAUUCUACUGGACUCCACUUGUGGAGACGUGGUUCAUGUAGAUUUCAAUUGUUUGUUUAACAAAGGAGAGACCUUCGAGUGGCCAGAAAGGGUGCCCUUUAGGUUGACCCAUAAUAUGGUAUCUGCGAUGGGGCCGCUAGGUGUUGAAGGAACUUUUAGGAAGUCCUGCGAGUGCACCCUCCGGGUUCUACGAAGUAAUAGAAUGACAUUAAUGUCAAUAGUAAAACCUUUUGUAUAUGAUCCGCUAGUGUCUUGGCCAAGUCACGUUCCCGCAUCAGCCCAUAGCUCAGAGAGAGUGAAUGAACAAGCUCUGGAGCACAUUAAAAACAUUGAGCUACGCCUACAAGGGAAUAUUAAGACAAGGAGCCAUACUAUGUCCCAGUGUUUAUCAGUUGAAGGUCAAACUGACCACUUGAUAACUGAAGCAAUGAAUGUUGAUAACUUGUGUCAAAUGUACAUAGGGUGGGGUCCAUACUUGUGAAUUCGUCUACAGUUUGUAUUUUUAAAAAAUAUAUAUUUUCCAUAACAGGUUUUU